UAAUGGAUCAUGGUAGAAAAAAAAAUUGUUUGCAUUUGAUGAGAAGCUGAAAAUUCCAAAGCAGGUAUUAUUAUAUUAUUUGUACUAGUAGCCAGUAGCCGCCACAAAGGCGUAUUCUUGGGCUUUAGUAAAAGGUGAAAGGGAAGGUUCCGUGAUUUUGAUUUACGCAGCGAUUCGGAUAACGAAAGCAAUUUUGAUUUGUGUCGAGGAAAGGACAGGUCUUAGAACCCUUCUUUUCUUCCUCGUGUGCGUGAAAACGAAGCAACGCCACACGAUGGUGUUCUACUUCAAAGCGCGCCCUGAAGCCGGCGAUUUCACCAUCUUCAUGGGCCUCGACAAGUUCGAGAACGAGGAACUCAUCAAAUACGGUUUUCCCGAAGACAUCUGGUUCCAUGUUGAUAAAAUGUCUUCAGCCCAUGUCUAUGUCAGGCUGCACAAAGGCCAGACUCUCGAUGACCUGAGUGAGGCUUUACUGGAAGAUUGUGCUCAGCUUGUCAAAGCAAAUUCAAUUCAAGGAAAUAAAGUGAACAAUGUUGAUGUUGUUUACACUCCCUGGUCUAAUUUAAAGAAAACUGCUUCAAUGGAUGUUGGGCAAGUUGGUUUUCACAACUCAAAAAUGGUUCGAACUGUGAGAGUUGAGAAGCGGAUAAAUGAGAUUGUUAACAGGCUAAACAAGACAAAAGUGGAAAGGAAACCUGAUUUGAAAGGUGAGCGAGAAGCAGUCGGUGCAGCUGAGAGAGCUGAGAGGAAACAACAACUGAGAGAAAAAAAACGCCGUGAGGAAUUGGAAAGGCUUGAAAAGGAGAAACAAACAGAGCUUAGGAGCUACAAGGGUUUGAUGGUUGCAGAAAAUAUGACAUCCAACAAACAAAUUGCAUCAGGAAGCAAAUCAUUGCAGGAACUGGAGGAGGAUUUCAUGUAAUCAAUCAUUUUAUUGUUGGGUUAUAGGCAGAUGACUGGUGGCCAACUUACCACCUGGCAGAUUUAUGUUGAUUAAACAACCCUACUUUGGAUUCUGAAGCUGCAUUAUCUUGUUUGAGGAAACCAAGUAGUGUGUACACAAAUUGUGAUUGAGGGAUAAAGGAAAAGGAUGGGGGCAAUGUAAUGAAUGGACUAUGUUCCUGGUAAGGGCAAUAUACCUUAUCUAUAACUAUAACUUUGCUUAAGACAAUGGUUUUUGUUAUUGAUAUUCUCACAGUCGAUUAAAAAACUGAAAUUUCUUGCUAUUUUUA